UCAAUGAAGGUAUUGGCCCAAUGCACGCUUGCUUUGCUUACUUUAGUUUGCUUUGCUUUACUUUGAAGGCUUUUAUGGCCUAAUGGUAGCUUUGAACGCUGUCAUAGUAGUCAGCUGAUUUUCAAUGCGCGCAAAUAUACCCGCCAUUCUUUGUUGUGCCAGCAAGUAUAAUUGUGAAUUUUAGUUAAAAUAUAUGUUAUUAAACAAUUAUUUGUUACUAAGAACAUUAUUUUUUACAGAUACCUUGCUUUUUUAUCGUUCCGGUUUUGGUGAAGCUGCAUUUGGCUGCGCCACUCACCACCCGUGUUUAUAAGACGUAAUAUUCAAUUGGAGAUACCUUGCUUUUUAUCGUUCCGGCCACCAGAUUCGUUGGUUUUCAUAAAGUUUCAUUUGGCAGUACAAAAUGUUGACUCGAAAUGCUGAACAAGUUUUGAGAAUUUUCCUAAUUUUAGCGAAAAUGCGUAAAUUAAAAGUGCGAUUAAAACAGAAGCGCCGAUUUUGGGUUCGGAAAUUGUACUUAGAGCGACACAAAUAUGGAUUGUUUGAAAGUUCAUUAAGAAACUUGGCUGCAGAUGAGGAGCAGUUUAACAAGACAUUAAGAAUGCCCUUUUCGUUAUUUAAUGUGCUGCACGAAUUUCUGGAGGCUUCGCUGACCAAAUAUUCAAUCAGAACACCAAUAUCGAGCCGCUGCAGACUAUUUAUAACCCUGAUAUAUUUGGCUCACGGUGGCACUCGGCAAUUCCACACAAUAGUUCACAGGAUCGGCCUGACGACUUUCAGGAAGAUUACGUUGGAGACAUGUAUGACCAUAUGGGAUCUGUUAGCUGACCUGUAUGUGGCGACCCCGUCAGAAACGGAAUGGGGACGUAUUUCCAAUGAGUUCAAGUCGCUGUGGAAUAUGCCCAACUGCGUUGGUUCCAUCGACGGAAAGCACAUUAAUAUUACCUGUCCAGCGAAUUCAGGGUCGAUGUACUAUAAUUACAAAGGCAAUUAUAGUAUCGUGCUUUUGGCCGUAUGUGAUGCCAAUUAUACCUUUACCUGCGUUGCCAUCGGAGCAUAUGGAAGUCAAAGCGAUGGCGGUGUCUACCACUUUUCAAAACUGGCAGAUGCUAUUGAAAAUGAUAGGCUCGGCCUUCCACAUGAUCAGCCUCUGCCAGGAGAAACCGAGCCAUUUCCACAUUAUUUAGUAGGAGAUGCUGCUUUUCCCUUACGGCGUUAUUUAAUGCGACCAUAUCCGGGUAGAGGUAUUCCAGAAGAGCAAGAGUAUUUCAAUAAAAGACUCUCUCGUGCAAGAAGAGUUAUAGAAAACGCAUUUGGAAUACUCACUUCUUAG